AUGAGUUCUUCGAUAAAUACGGAUCUUAUGAAGACUACCUCGAUGCGCAAAUCACCGAAAAAGAUACAUUUUACCUGGGAGGCACCAAACUUGCGCGUCAGCUUGUGGAGCUUGGUUGUAGGAGAGGAGAUGUGCGGAGAACCACAGUUAUGUCUCGGGAUGAGUUCAACGAGAAGCGCGAAGCCGCGGAAAGGGAAAAAAGACGUCAAUUACAAGGCAUGGUUAAGACACUUGGCAGCUAGGGAAGAGAUGGCAAGGAGUGGAAAGAUCUCUUGUAUCAUCUUCAUCCGCGAUAAAAACUCUAAAGGGCAGGAAAUCAGCGGAUACAUUGACUAUGGUCACAGACUGAGGACGGAUGACUUCGAGGCUUACUUCUCAAGAGAAAAACGUAUACUACCACGGCCCACUGACCUGUGCUUCUACAACUGGGAGACUCAACGAUGUACAGCCAACGAAAGUCCCAAUUUCCAGGUCCUCCCGGACACAAAAAUGGGCCUGUUAUUCAGGAACAAGAGAGAUCGGAAGCUGAUAGAUGUCAAUCCGGAACGUGAUCCUGGAGAUAAUUCGGAACGUCACGACGUC